CUGCUUUCUAACACUUCAAAUUGUGUUAGAAAGUUUAUUCUGGGCGAUUUCAGUAUCAGCAGAAGCCACAGCAGUCCUGCAGUCUGCUUCAGACACCCUCCAGCCACAGGAGGCAUCCACCCCACAAACAGGCAUAAAUCUACUUGGUUUUCCUUCAAAACUUCAGCCACAGAAUGUUUAAAAAACUCACCAAAUUCAUCGCACAUCAAAUGGAUCCGAGCAAAGAUUUGGACCCUGUCGAGAGCAUUGCAGACCAUGAGCACUUCAGGCCUCUCUGUCUACUGAUAAAAAAGAGAAAAUCAAAACGCAUAUUCCACUCAGCUCCCUACUAUCAGUGGACAGGGUUCACACUGGAUGAUGUGCUGCUGCCUAGAAAAGAUGGUAAAAGCAUAGAGUCCCUCCAUCAAGAUUCCAACCAAUUUACUAUCACAAAAACCAGUGCUGACCAGGUUGAGGGGCAUGCCAGUGCUCCUUUGGGCCCUGUAAAUGCAGAAGUGGAAAUAGGUGCCUCCUCGUCGAAUGUCUUUUCCAUUAAGCUACAAAAGAAGAGCAUCCCACUGCAAUCACUGGAGGCACUGAGAAGAAAAAGACGAAUCAACAUGAAUCACUCCCUCAUCCAACAACUCCAGAGAACAAACAUCAAUCUAUACAUGGUCACAGAAAUCCUUGAAGCCUCAGAGGAGACUAUCUACACAGCAUCCAUCAUGGCAGAUGGGGUCUUUAACGUCCUAUGUCACAUCACACUUGGUGCACAGGGCACCAGAGAGAGCAACCAAAGUAUAGUGAUACCCAAGGGCUGCACACUGGCCUUCAGGACCGUCCCGCUAUACAUCAGAGAUGGAAAAUGGAAUAUGAAGCAUUUUGCAAUUGAAGCAUACGUCUACAGGCCCAGGAUUGCAGACACUAAAAACACAUCCAAGACAGGAAGCUUAGAAGAUAUAUUUGAAGAAUGUUCAGCCCAAAAGGAAUUCGAAUUCAGACUUGGAUACAAAGAAGUGGAAGCAUUUGAAACCUGCAGGGUAUUAAAAUUUGGACUAGAAGAAGUUGAAAUCCGCUGUCAAAUCUUCUCCGAGCUGUCUCCUGACCUGCUGCUCAUCAUCUUAAACACCAUCAAAGCUGUGAUGACAGAUGAAAACCUCCUUCAAGAGCUCAGCCAGAAAAUGGAAGAAGUUCUUGAGGAAAAUGAUGGUUAUGAGCUGAAAACUGAGAGCCCAGACUUAAAAGAACUGUUCAGCACCUUGCAGCAAUCCCCAAGACAUCGUCUCCUUCAGCUGGCAGAAGGAAUCACCUACGUCCUUGAUGCUUUGCAGGAGUUAACAGAGGAUCAGCUGCUGCUGCUGCUGGAAUCCUUGGAAAGGAAGAUUGUGUCCCAACAGCUGAACCUGGUUGCAAAUCUCCUGGAACAUGACAAGGUGAAGAGGAAGGGGACUUUUCUUGUGGAUGCCAGGCAGCUCUUGCCACACAAAGAGGACCAGAUGUUAACCAUUGCCCUGGUGGAGCUGAGUGGAGUGGAGUUCCAGGAAGAUGGAUCAGUUAUCCCUAGGGAUGAACCCUUUGAGGCCAUGGCAGCCCUGUUAGUGGCUCUGUACGCCCUCAACCUCCUGAGUGGCUUGCAGAUACACGUGGCCCUGCCCAGGGAUCCCUUUCUCAAGAUGCGGAAAGGCUUUGUGCGGCAAAAACAAAUUUAA